CAUAUCUUUGAUCACUCCAAUAUUCUCUACUUCAGUUUAACUUGUACAAAUGGUUCAUGGAAUUCCAGCAAUUUUUUCAACACUUCUAAGUUUUGUACUCCUGUAAAGUGCCUGGAAGAUAAUCUACCAUACCCACCAUUAACUUCAAAUAUAUCUAUAUCUGAUCUAGAAGAUAAAAAGACAGAAAAUUCACAAAACUGGAACUCUUGUAAACAGAAUGUUUCCUAUUUCUGUCCAGAUAAUUAUAUUCCGUAUUAUCAAGGUCAAUAUUUAGAUAUUGAACCUAGUUUCCAGGUUUACUGUGACAUUGAUGCACACUGGAGGAUAUCAUCUAAGAGUUACCAGACUGCAGAUAAUCUGAACGCUUCCAACUCUGAGUACGGAAGUUCUGUUAGUUCUACAUUGUCAGUUAACAACAACAGCACAAUUAUUGAACCUUCUGUUUUUGCUUGCAUUCAUCAAAAUUGUAGAGAGCCCCCACCAUAUAGCACAGGAGACAACAAUACUGGAACAAUGGAUUGGAUAGAGGUUCCAGGAAUAACUGGUCAAUUUGCUACUCUUGUCCGAUAUUCAUGCAUGAACAGCAGUUGGGGUUAUCCUUCCACUGGACUGAAUGAAACUUGGGCAAUGUGUAGUGAUUAUGGGGAUUGGAACAUUACACAAGUAGAAAACUGUACAGAGCUAAGAUGUCCAAUGCAACCUCCUGAAGCCCAUAUUGGUGGUGAAAGAUUAUAUGGAGUGGAUGAAACCAGGUACACAUGCCCUGGAGAUUUAAUGUUCAAAUCUGGAAAUUAUCCAUACUGGUAUAACAAAUGUCAACAUAAUGGACAAUGGAGUAGAAUUGAUACAGCACUAGAAUGUGAAGAAAUCCAUUGUAAACUGGCCCCACCAGGCCCUCACCGUGGCAUGAAAUUAGUAUGGCCUGGGAAAGGAAAUAAACUUAAUGAUACAGUAACCUAUAAAUGUCCUGAUGGAGGAUUUAUAAACCAACCUGAUAAUGUUCAAACAUCUAGCUCUUCAAGUUGGGAUACUGAUAUUAUUACAGAACAAACACUGGUAUGCUCUGCUUACAACAAUACAAUUAACUGGCUUCCACCACAAAUUUCAAAAUGUAUUUGUUCAUCAGCUCUCGGUAGAUGUUGUCCGAGAUCUUCUAGAGUGGAAGAGUGGGAGAGGUCAGAUGGUUUGACCUUCUCCUUCCAUUGCUUGUCGUAGAGUGUUGAAGACCUGGGGUUCUUUCCAUCAUCAAGAAUUAGAUAAUACGAGUUACAUACGAAGCAUAAUAAUAUUCUUUACAAAAUUAUGAAAUAAUAAACAUCAAUUAUAUACAAAAUAAAAUGAGCACUAUUUA